AUAGCUCGUACUGGUUAUCCUUUAGUUCAGUUGAGAAUCUGGCCGAUCGUGGCUGCUGUCGGGGUGGGAGGUGCGGCGUUUAGAACCAUUAAGUUUCUCCAUGGAGGGCCUUUGUUUUGAGUUUGACUAUUCAUAUCUUUAGUAGUAGUAGCUGCUUCCGGUUGAUGGAGGGAUGUAAUCUAUGAAGGUGCAUAUCAAGGGCGUCAUACAAUACUAGUGCGAAAAGUGUUUCGACUAGGUUUUAAAAUAUUUCUUGUGUCUGAAAGAUUCUUUUUUGUAAGAUUUUUUUGAGCCUGGUUCAACUGUGGUAAUGGAGAAUUAAUGUUUUCGGAGGUGCCGGGGUGACCUCCUCGUGGAAUUGUUCCAUUGCAUUUUCUAGGAGAACCUUUAUAUAACCUAGCAGUAUUAGUAACUUCAGGAGUAACAGCAAAUGUUGCUCAUUGCUAUAUUAAUUUAUUUAACAGUGUUUGGUUAGGUUCAAAGGAGUUUAAAAGGUACCGAGUAGAGGGAAUAAAAUGAAUAACUGUUACAAUUAUUUUAGGUAUUAUUUUUAUGUCUGUACAGUAUCACGAGUAUCAUGAGUUGCCUUACAGAAUUAAUGACAGGGUGUUCUCUUCAUGUUUCUUUGUUUUAACUGGGUUCCAUGCUAGUCACGUGGUGGCUGGGGCAUUGAUGUUAACUGUUGUCUGAGUGCGUUUAAUACUUUGCCAUUUUAGGAAAGGGCAAGAUUUAUUCUUUGUGAAAUAUACGGUGUGGUAUUGGCACUUUGUGGAUGUAAUUUGAAUUUUAGUUAUUCUAUUUGUAUAUGUUUGACCUUUUUAUACGGGAAAAGUAGUAGGAUUUUUACAAAAGUUUUUUUAG